GUCAGCGACAGAGCCAGAGUGUACAUCCCCCCACACACAAACACACAGACUCACACACUUAAUGCUUUGUCACACUCUCCGUUGUUCACUAUACCUCGGUGCCUAUCUCUCUUCGACAGAAACUCACACAGACACUGAACAAACACACUCUCCACCACUUUAUACAGCAGCCAUUUGGACGCAGCAGAGGCGCCUGGGAUUGCUGUCCUCAGUAUGGAAAACAAAACUGAUGUAAAGGCCAUGAUGGCUCGCUUUCAAACGAGUGGAGCGAGCACUGACGAGUCUCCCUCCACUACACCUGGACGCAUCAAACAACCUCUGCAACCUACCCUCUCCUCCGGCCCGACCAUAACGGCAAAGAAACCAGUUUUGGAGAGCCUCUCCGGCAGUGCGAUAAAUAUUCCUCCAAAACCAACAUUUCUGAAAAAUACAGUAUCAACUAAAAGUGACACAGAGGUACAUGAACCAAACAAAACUAAAGCCCUGGCUAACAGGUUUGGAAACACCCUGGAUGACACCAACACCAGCAACAAACCUUUUAAACAGCAGAAACCGCUGAAACCAGCUUUUUCACAGUCUCCCGAAGCUAAAAGCCCUCUACAGAAGCCCCCUCUCAACAAGCCCCCUCUGAGCUCCACCUUAUCCGACUCCAAACCUGCUUUACCUAAACCCUCUCCAGCGGCCACCUCUAAGCCCAGCUGGGUGAAAGAAGACAGUGGUGGGGGUUUUCAACAAAAACCGCGCAGCAGCUUUGUAAAAUUAAGGCAUCAAAAUGAAGAGAUGGCAGGCACCACCACAGACACUGCUAACAAACCUUCACCUUCAGCAAACACCACUUUUAAGCCCCCCUCAAACUUCAGGACUGCUCAGAAUAUCUUCAACAAGGAGUCAGAUAGUGACAUGAAAGCAGACGGAGUCAGCAAAUCAUUUCUCACUGGUACUAACUCUGUGGCUCCUCCAAAACCUCCAGCCAGUAAAAAACCAAGCUUCAGGAAGCCGCCGAAGCCUUCUCCUCAGAGCAGCAGCAAAAACAGCGACGCCACUUCAGGCCCCAAGCGCAACCCCCUCCCCAACAGUUUAGCUUUGGGCCCUCCUCCUGCCAAGCCCAACCGACCCCCCAAAGUCAACCUGGAGAGCUUUAAAAGAGGUGCUGUGGCCUCUGAUAAUGGUCCUGGGGCCUUGAAGAAACCGGUCGUCCCACCUCCUCUGGCCUCUCACCCCAGUAACCAUAGUAACAACAUGACCCCGACUCAACCUCCUCCGUCUGCAGUUCCUAAUCUGCCCCCACGACACCCUGGAACCAUGAUCCAGCAGGAUGAGACCUAUGAUGAUAUUGAUGAAUUUAACAACGCUCCUCCUCCUCUACCACCAUCUACAGGUCACCCGAGUCAGAGGGCAAAGGAAGAAAAUAAUGAUGAUGAUGAUGGAGAGAUGUAUGAGGAUCUUGAUGAAGUAUGGGAAGCGGCUGAACAAAAACAAGAGAAGAAGAGAGAGAGAGAAGAAAAAGAGGAGAAAAAACGUCUGGAGGCUGAGAAGAAGGAGCAGAAGGAACGUGAGAAAAAGGAACAAGAUACCAGAAAGAGAUUCAAAUUGGUUGGCCCCCUGGAGGUCAUCCACCAAGGGAAGGCUCGUGUGGAUUGCAAAGGCAGCAAGACUGACCUUGCUCUGAAGCAGGGAGACUGCCUGGACAUCAUCCGUGUUCAGGGCAAUCCAGAGGGGAAAUGGUUGGGACGGACGUCAGAUGGAUCCAUCGGCUAUGUGAAGACCACUUCAGUGGAAAUUGACUUCAACACUCUGAAGAAGCAUCAGGCUCAGCAGGCGUACGACCCCGAGGUAUAUGAUGACAUCGAUGUGGCCUCUUCUGAUAACAGUGGGAUCAAAGGACCGGGAGUUGUCCUACCUCCACUACCAGGAGACGGAGAAAUAUACGACGAUGUCGUUGACCCAAACCUGGAAGUCAGUCCUGUGGACUCCAGGUCUUCUCCUACAAAGCCUCGUGGCUUCCUGUGGAUGUUUGACCGGAACAGACGUCCUGUCAGCACUAAAGUAGUGCCUCCACCCAGCCAGUUCACUGCAGAGGGGAAUUCAGACCCACCUGGAGCAAUCGAUGAGGACAUAUACGAUGAUGUUGACUCUCAAAAUGUGCCUCCUCUUCCUCCCAUCAGCAGCCUUCCACACCUGAAAGGUAAAAGCAAGACUGAAGAGAUAGACCCAAAGAAACAGAAAAAGUUCGAGAAAGAGGAGAAGGAGUUCAGGAAAAAGUUUAAGUAUGACGGAGAGAUACAGGUGCUGUACCAGGUGACCAUCGCCCCGACGCUCACCAAUAAGAAGUGGGGUGUGAAGGAGCUUUCAGUCAAAGCAGGAGAGAAACUUGACGUCGUUGUUAAAGCCGUGGAUAACAAACUGAUCUGUCGGAACGAGGAGGGCAAGUUUGGUUAUGUUUCGACCAGCCACAUUGUGACAGACGAUGGUGAUAUCUAUGACGAUAUUGGGGAUGAUUGCAUCUAUGACAACGAUUAGAAACAUCCUGCGCUGGGUUUAUUGUUUUACACUGAUACUGUUCACGUUAUUUAUUGUUAUUUGAUGAUAUACAUUGGGAGCUGCUUUCGGUUAGCCUGAUAACUAUUUAAUUUACCCUUAAUAUUUAUUAAUCAGCAUUUAAAUGGCUGUUUUAAUUGGACAUGUGAGUGAAGAUUUAGAGAUCUGGAAUCUGGCUAGUUUUAAUUUCUUUGAACAAUAUUAUCCUUUUUAACUUUGUUUCUUCAAAAUAAUUCAAUAGGGUUUUGUUUAAUUACAUUUCAGCAAACUGGAAAAAAAUUACUUAAAACAGCAGUAUUUGCAUAACUCAGGCUUGAGCCAUUACUUGUUAUUUUGUCUGUAAUUAAUGUCCUUGCUAUGGUACUGUAUGUGUAUUACGUUGUCAUCUGUAAGGCCAAAUGAAAUGUUAAAAGCUCCAAAACUAACUCUGGCAUCUUUGACUCAAGUUUUUAACAUGUAGACUAAACAACUGUUUCAGUGCCAAAGCUCCUCUACAGUCCUGUACUUAAAAUUACAAAACAUAUGGAUACAAUUAUGACUUUUCUCUGCCUUAUUUAUCUUAUUUUGCCGUUGAUAAAACAAAACCAUAUUUUUUAUUAUUUUUAUCAUUUAAAACUAUAUUUUCCUGUUUUUUAUCUGUUUUUCUUUUCUUAUUUUCUUUUUAUAUUUAGUGUUUAAUUCCUGUACAUUGAGAGCAAAGCUAACUGAAGUCAAUUUCCUUGUCUGUGGAAGCAUACUUGGCCAAUAAAGCUAAAUCUGAUUCUGA